AUGAGCGAGCAGAAGUUUGAACAGCUGCCAAAUUCCGUUCACAACGACGUUCUUUACGAGUCGAAGCCACCAAUGACCGCCAACGAAUUUGGCCAAAUGCUUGAUGGUCUGAUUCGUGACUUGGUCGAUUUCUGUCUCGACGUGGAGAUGUUGGUUGUGGAGCCUAGUGGCGCCUUGUCGGAUCUAAAUGGCAUGGUUUCUGCAAGAUUCAGACUGAGCCAUGAAACCCCAAGCGAAAAGUCGGCAGAAGGCCGUGUGGUCUUCUACGAGCACGUAUUUUUCUACUUCAAGGACGGCAAGAUCGCCCAGAUAUGGCCACUGAUUGCAUGGCCGGGAAAAUGA